AUGGGUCGAUACCAACCGAUACGCCUUCUACUGCUUGCGCUCAGCGUCCUCAUCCCGCUGAAUGUUUGGUCCUUGCCCCCCCACUUGCCGUACCCAAACCUCCCCGGCAAAUUCGUGCGUUUCAGCGAGCUUGACAAGUGCCCUGAUCUACCCAGGAGGGAGACUCCAAAGUCUGCCAAAGACGUGCGCCCAGAUGACAUCAGAGUGGUCAUGGCUCUUGGCGAUAGUAUCUCUGCUGGCCUGCUCGCCCGUCCUUCUCGGACCUCGUCAUCUUCUGUCCUGCCACAGAUCCCAUUCCUCCCCAAAUCGGUGGAUAUACAGGAAUACCGCGGGGUUUCGUAUCCCAUCGGCAGCGACCCGGGUGCGGUGACCAUUCCCAAUAUCCUAUCCCAUUUCAUCACCAGCUCCUCAGAACCAGGGACUAAAGUCCAAGGUGGAUCCACAGGUCAUCAUCCCCCAGUAGCUUGCCUACAAGGCUUGGGCGUCCGAGGCUGCAUGCCCCGUCCCGACGAAGACGGUCUCAACGCCGCCAUCUCUGGCUCUGUCUCCGCCUCCCUCCUACGCCAGGCUGAAGACCUUCCCCCAAGACUCUCCGAGCUCGGUCUUCCCAAAGAGGGAGAGUGGGCGUAUCUCAACCUGGGCAUAGGUGCCAACGAUAUCUGUGCUUUCUGUCUCUCGCCGAAUAUCAGUCUUUCUGGCGAUUUUUCUUUUGCUUGGGAGUUUGGCUCUCCCGGUUCACCCAAGCAAUUCGCAAACGACAUACGCACAGCUAUCAACGCUCUUCGUCCCCACCUUCCUCACCUGAUAGUCAACAUCGUCGGCCUCCUCCGUGUCUCCUCUCUCUACCGCCUAACCCUCAAAUCACCCUAUUGUCAACCCCCGCUAUUACCACACAUACCGCAUUUGCCACUAGAAUGCGGUUGCGCAAUGAUACCCGGUCCAGCGGGCGACUGGACGAGGCGGAAGAUGGAUGAGCUUGGAGAAGAGUAUGACGAGGCUGUUCUGGAGCUUGUCAGGGAGUGGGAGCAGGAAGGAGACGAUGGGUUUGGUGUUAUAUGGUGGCCGGGUUCCGCGAUAGAUCUGGAGAGCUAUCCCAUAAAGGCGCUCUCGCCGUUGGACUGCUUUCAUCCUUCCGAGGCAGCUCAUCAGCGCGUCGCUGCGGGCUUCUGGAACAGGCUUACACUGAGCCUUGAAAAAAAGUACCUACCCAUCAAAUGGGAGGAAGACAUAUGGGUCCGGUGCUUGGAAGAGCACGACCGCUUCCCUAUCGGCAUGGUUUCUGGAUCCUUGCAAACCUGA